AUGGGUAAGGUUCACGGCUCCCUCGCACGUGCCGGAAAGGUCAAGUCUCAGACUCCUAAGGUCGAGCCUCAGGAGAAGAAGAAGACCCCCAAGGGCCGCGCGAAGAAGAGGCUCACUUACACCCGCCGCUUCGUCAACGUCACCAUGACCGGUGGCAAGAGGAAGAUGAACCCGAACCCUACCGCAUAA